AUGAGCAUCUCAUCGUUUGAAGACCGCCGACUCCGGGUUGGCCGCGCCCCUACUGGUAAUUCUCUAACUUCCUUGGUAGCGGAGCAAAUUCCGUUGAAUGUCAAGCAACGCAUGGUGGUCGAAAAGGUUCUCUCCGACGCUUUGGCCUGGGCUGAACACCCUUUUGAUUCGUCCCGGCGGAAGCAGAUGCUGCUCUGCAUCAUGGGCGAGGGUGGCACAGGGAAGAGCCAGGUUAUCAAAGCUAUCGUGACCGGCAUGGAUCUGCUCCAUCGUAAAAAGGAGGUAAUUCUCACAGCACCAACUGGCGCUGCAGCUGACAAUAUUGGCGGAAAUACCUACCACACGUCUUUAGGCAUAUCGAUCGAUCGCUCCCGAGCUACUUCAACCACAAGAUCUCGAAUAAAGAGACUGUGGGAGCGUAAAACGAUAAUAAUCGUCGACGAAGUAAGCAUGAUGGAUCUGACCAUGCUCAGCAUGAUUAACAAUCACUGUAAAAUGGCUAAGUCCCUGGACCGGAACUCCCCGGAAUUUUUUGGCGGUCUCCCCAUUGUCAUCUUCGUAGGUGACUUUUUCCAGUUUUCACCAGUUCGCGGGCCUGCACUUUGGAGGGUCCCUCGAUUGAACAAAGAUGAAGACGAAAUCGGCCAACUUCUCUGGCAUCAGUUCACGCAGGUAAUCAUCUUGGACGAGCAGAUGAGACAAACCGAAGACCUGUCUUUCCGGGACUUCUUGUUGCGUGCUCGCUCUGGCUCAUUGACGAGUAAUGACCUGUCCUUGAACAGCAAAGCUAUCACUUCCUUAGCCGAUCCGCAACUGGAAGGUGCCAUGACCGUUGUCAAACGGAACUCCAUUCGACAUAUGGUGAAUCGAAUUCAAAUGGAAAAAUUUGCACGCUUGAGGAAUCAGAGAAUCUAUAUAUAUUCCGCGAUCCACACCCGCACGAAGUCCACAGGCCCAGGAAAUAUACGACUUCGCGCAGAUGACUUACUUCAACAACCCGACCAAGGAGCCACGAUCCCGUUUCCUGGCCUCUUCCUAUACUCAACAGGUAUGCCCGCUGUCAUCCUGACAAACAUCUGCACCGCCCUUGGUCAGGUAAAUGGAGCGGCAGGAACUGCGGUGGGAGUGGUAGUUGACCCAUCCGACUACAAAGGCCAAGGAUCAACUCUCGCGUCUGCCAUUCUCGAUCUCAAAGACGAUCCGACCAUCCGGGGCCUCGAUCGUCACAGAAAGUUCUGCUCAACAUACGUCCAGCUAUCCAGGCUUCGGUCUUCCGAAGGCCUUCAUCUUCUGCAGAGGCUUGACAUGAAGGACCUACAAUUCGAACCCGAUCCUCGAUUGCUUAGUGAAAUCCAAAGGCUGCAGGAACUGGAGAAACAAACAAUGGCCGCCUGGGAGGGGGAUAAACGAAGGGAGGUUCAUAAUAAAUCCCAAGCAGAUGAGAGACCAGAAUGA